UCUUACAAUUCAUUAGUAAUGGCCUCUAAAUCUUCUCUCUUAUUAGCUUUCACUCUCCUAACCUGCUUCACACUAACCUUGCAAGAUAGCUACUCUACACAACCUUACACCAACACACCCAAAAAAGCCAUGAACACAAUAGACUCGUGUUGGCGUCGCAAGGCCAAUUGGGCUGCCAACCGGCGAGCCUUGGCUGAUUGCGCCGUGGGAUAUGGAAAAGACGCCAUUGGAGGAAAGUUUGGUGCAUAUUAUGUAGUCACAAAUCCGUCUGAUGACCCGAUUAACCCUAAGCCCGGAACACUCCGCUAUGGAAUUAUCCAGGCCAACCCUCUUUGGAUCACAUUCGCGAAGAACAUGGUGAUCACACUCAAGAAUGAGCUGAUCAUGAAUAGUUAUAAGACUAUUGAUGGAAGAGGAGCCAAGGUUGAAAUCGCCUAUGGACCGUGUAUAACGAUACAAGGUGUUAGCCAUGUUAUUAUACAUGGGAUUAGCAUUCAUGAUUGUAAGCCUGGAAAAUCUGGCCUUGUUAUAAGCACUCCACUCCACGUUGGACAUCGUCUUGGCUGUGAUGGAGAUGGCAUUUCUAUAUUUGCAUCUUCGAAUGUUUGGAUUGAUCAUUGCUCCCUCUCGAGAAGUAGUGAUGGUCUCAUUGAUGUCAUCCAUGCUUCCACUGCUGUCACAAUCUCCAACAAUCAUUUCUCCCAACAUGACAAGGUUAUGUUAUUAGGGCAUGAUGAUAAGUUUUCAGCAGAUAAAAUAAUGAAAGUUACCAUUAUAUAUAACCAUUUCGGCCCUGGUCUAGUACAAAGAAUGCCAAGAGUGAGGCUAGGCUAUGCGCAUGUAGCCAACAACAUGUACGAAGCAUGGCAGCUGUACGCGAUUGGCGGUAGCUCAAACCCAACCAUCUACAGCCAAGGGAAUUACUUCAAUGCACCCAAUUAUCUCGAACACAAACAGGUAACCAAGAGAGAGGUGAACAAUGGUUGGAAGAAUUGGAAAUGGAGGUCAUCUAUGGACAGAUUUAUGAACGGAGCGUACUUUGUUCAGUCUGGAUACGGUAGCUGCUCUCCAAACUACUCAAAAUCUCAGUCGUUUACUGUGGUUGAUGGAUCCAUGGUUCCAGCAAUAACAUCUGAUGCUGGUCCAUUGUUCUGCAAUGUUAACAAACCAUGCUAGCUGGUAGAUUAUCCGACCGUGUCUUCUUCGUUUGGUGAACAAAAUGAUCUCUGUCCCUUCAUCAGUUAAGUCUUUUGCAUCUCGGAACACGCACAUACAAGAAUUUGUGCAGCAAUAAUUUUGUAAGUCCUAUCUGCUAGUUUUCAAGUUUUGCCGAUGUUUAGGUAGGCAAAUAGCAAGCUAGCCUUCCGCCUUUUUGGUGUGUUAUUUACAAACUAGUACCCUAAGCCAGCACUUGCAUUAAUGGAGUAAGCAUUAAUGGAUCAUCAAGCUAGCUAAUGGAGUCUGCGUUAAUUGUAACAUAAUGUACAGAGGCACUUGCGUAGGUGCUUCACUUUAUGCCCGUGUGUUACAAUUUCAAUUCAUUAGAGAAUUUUUGCCUCUGGUGAAUAUAUGUUGCAUUGGUGAU